CGUGGAUCCGGUUCGCCAACGUACAAGGCUUUGAGGAUGCGCGGCACCCCGCGACAAGCGACACAGCAUUCAGAGACAACGGCCGUAUCGAGGUGUGGGAUGAGCGCGUUGCAGAAGGGAUCUGGCUGCGGCUGAAGGCGCUGGUGCCGGAGAGAGUUGACGGAUGGAAGGCUUGUGGGUGUUAUGAAAAGCUUCGGGUCUACCGGUACAAGGCAGGUGGGCAACGAUUUGGCAAGCACAUCGACGAGUCAACGGGAGGAACGAAGCCCGGUACACGCACAGCGAUAACCGUCCUUAUUUAUCUGAACGGCAGUGGUGGUGCGGGUGUCGGUGUCAACACGGAAGGGGAGGGGACUGGGAGGUUGGGACGGGACAGCGAGGUUGAGCUGGUUGGCGGAGAGACUGUGUUCUACCGUGGGGUCGCUGGGAACAGUGAGGCAGCGCGGUUUGCGCCGCUGGCGGGCGCAAUGCUUUGGCAUGGCCAUGGGGAACGCUGCUUGGUACACGAGGCCUUAGCGGUUAACCAGGGCGUGAAAUAUGUGCUUAGGACCGAUGUCUUGUUUGAGCGACCGUGA